AUGUUGGCCGCGUUGCUUCAGCCGCGGCCGCGGAGCUUGCGCUUCGCGAUCUUACUGACUGCUUGGAUUGGGAGUCUGACGACCACUCUGGCAUUCAAGACUGCCGACUUCCCGAUCGAGUUGAUCAAAUCAACCAACUCGACCGUGGCCCAGCAGGCGAACAAGGCCAUCGCCAAAAACCUGGCCUUCGACAUGAAUCAGAUGAACGCCAUCCCUGACCCAGCAGUGAACCAGACGGAAAACGAGACCGGCAAGGAUGCGAAUGCAACCAAAGCCGAAGAGCCUGAAGGGCUGGCUGGCCUGGGAAGGACUCUCGAAUUUAUGAUGCUGAAGAUCACACAGCUCGAGACUCUUGCCGAAGUGCAGCAGGCAGAGAUCGUAUCCCUCAGGAAGCACCUCCAGGAGCACCUGAAUGCC